AUGGCCGUGCUGGCAGGAAUGGCACUGCGCGAAGACGUGAUUGGCGCGCCGAACGUGGAGUACAAAGCGCCGGACAAAGUGACAAUUCCCGAAUUGGUGGCGGGUCUACACCCGAUGGAUCUGGCUCGCGACGUCAUUGACCAGGAAGGUGACACGCUUGAGUUUAUGCCAACUCGCCUCGUCGUCGCCAUGGUCGCUCAGAUAUUCUUAUACAUGAGGCAUUCGAUACAGUACGGCUACAUCUGCACCGGGGAGGCGUUCGUUUUCCUUUACAUCCCGGGGAGUAAUCCCACAUUAUUCAAUAUUCUCUUGUGUAUGCCCAAUCAAGAUGCGCAGGCGGAUGUGCAGGCGGACGAUGAAGUGCGCCUCCACCGGACCGCCAUCGGUCAGGUGCUUGCGUUCACGCUUCAAGCGCUGGCCGUCGAACCUCCGACUCAAAAAUGGCACGAUGUGGCACACGACCAGCUAACAAAUUGGAAGGUUAAAUAUCUCGACGUGUUUUUUAGCUCGUCAAGUAUCGUUAAUUGCCCGCACCAUUUGUGA